AUGGGGGCGCUCACCGCUCAGAGCACUGUUUUCAGGUGUGUGCUCUCGGGUCCGUUGAGCGGCUCCGUUGUUCCUUCGUCGUCUGGCGCGUCUGUCUCGUUCCGCGGUGCGAGGACCGGAUCGCCAUCCCUUCGUAUAAACACGCUCCAUUAUAUGGAAUCUCUUUCGCUUGAAAGCGAACUCCGACGAUUUUGGGAACUGGAAGAAGUUUUCACAAACCCAAUCCUCAAUUUGGAGGACGAAAAGUGCGAGGAGCAUUUUCGAACUUCUCAUUCCCGCGACGAAAGCGGUCGCUACAUCGUACGGAUUACCUUCCGAGAGGGACCUCCGAUUCGCAUUGGCGAAUCGCGUGCUAUAGCGGAGAACCUGCUGCACAGCCUCCACCGUCGUUUUCACGCUCACCCGGGCCACAAGGUUGAGUAUGUGGAGUUCCUUCGCGAUUAUGAAGAACAGGGUCACAUGCGGGAAGCGGGGAGAGAUUAUCAGUUAGGAGAUCAGGUCGCCUUCAUUCUUCACCAUCCCGUCAUUCACGCUUCCAGUGCGACGACUUGCCUUCGCGUGGUGUUCAACGCUUCGAGCGUUUUUUCAAACGACACAUCAUUGAAUGACCAUCAGCUUAUUGGGCCGAAGCUUCAGACGGAAAUGCCCGCAUGCUGCGUUGGAGGCAGCAUAAAUUCGUCUUAG